UUUGGCAUGGUAUAAAAAGUAUUAAAAAUACCUUCUUUUUCUUUCAAUUUCUUAAUUUUAAGAGAAAGAAUUCCUAUUUUCCAAAUGAGUACCUAUUCUUGGAGUUAUAAGACCGCGUCUCAUCGCCAAGUUUCUGGAAAACAAGCCGAAACACAACAGGAAGAUUCAUGUCAAAAGGCUGAGGUCGUUUCUAAAGCGCUGAGUUUACCAAACGUUGAGGCAGGCACCGGCGUAUCCAAAAGAUUAAAUUGGAGAGCUAAAAUUUAUGUUGGAAAUUUAAACAAGAAAACUAAUGAAGCAUCUCUAGCGUAUUACUUUUCUGUAUUUGGUGAUAUAGAGGACAUUAAGCUAAUCAGGGAUCAUGAUACCAAAGAGUCAAGAGGAUUUGCAUUUAUCACUUUUGAAAAAAUUGAAUCAGCUGAGAAUGCCAAAAGGUGGUGUUCGUUCAACUACCCAACAUUAGAUGACAACAGCAUCACUGUUGCCAGCGCUGAAAGAAAAACACACAAGAUCAAGAAUGCUACUAAUGAGCAGAAAGCAAAACGUGAUCCAUCACAAACACUGUUCUGGGAAUUCAAGUGGGAAAGUACAAAUGAUGCACAGGUUUAUGGUCCAUAUGAAACAAGUUUGAUGUUAGCAUGGAAAAAUCAGGGAUAUUUUGACCGUGGUUGUUGGAUAAGACAAGUUCUUCAUCGCCAGACCAGGCGUACUGAAGAUAGACAUGAUGUUAAAAUUGAUAUUUCCGAAGGAAAUGUCGAAGAAAAAACAUCAGAUUUUGGGCAUAAAUGUAAUGUUGAAAGUGAAACAUACGAGGCUAGUCCUUGUAAGAAAUCAAAGUUAGCCAUUGACUAUUCUGACUCAGAAGAAGAAGAUAGCAAUGAGACUUCAGAUAAAGCAGUGGGCAAUGAAGAAGGGAUUAGAAGGAGUAUUCUGGGACAAAAUGAGUACAACAAAGGUACUGAAGAGAUAUCCAUUGUUGUACAACAUGAAGGUAAGAAAAUCUUGAAUGAAGAAGUGGAAGAUGAAGAGGUACCCACUGGAGAAAGAUGUGAAAUUGAUGAUAGCAGAGGAUCAAGAAAUAAGGAAGUUGUAUCUGAAGAGUUGAAAAACACAGUGAUUGAGGAUGUGGAGGGAUGUAGGAGGACAUUGAGUGAUGAUACAGAGGGAACUAGGGGGAUGGAGGGAGAUGAUACAAAGCAAUCUAAGAGAACAGUGAUGGAUGAUAAGGAGGAGUACGAAGGAGCAAUGGUGGAUAAUAUUAAGGGAUGUAAGGGAACAGUAAUGGAUGAAAGAAAGAUAGAUGAAGAAAGAAACGGGAAACAGGAGGAGGAUAAUUUAGUGCAAAAGGAAGAUGAACACUCAACACAGCCUCUGCGUGAUGAAAAACCUGAAGAAAAGAAAGAUAUUUUACAAAUGUACGAAGAACGAGCCACAGUUUUCUCGGACAGCGAAGUGGAACAUGGUGAAGAAAAGAUGAACGAUGAAGAUUUAUUUGAUGAGACGAGUAGUGAAGAUGAUGAGGAAGAUGUGGACGAUAACCCAGACGAGAUUUCUACAGAAUUUGUGUCAAUAUCAGAAAUCGACUUUAAUUUAUAUCCAUAAAAUGUCGUCGUAAUUAUUACGAUAACCAUUUUGUUUAUCUUCUCUUAGCCUGGUUCCGUCCUUGACCGUGUUGAUAUUUCAGAAACUCGUCGGAUUUAUCCGUCUAAAUACGAAUUUAAGACGAGUUUCUCUUCCAGACGGGAUUGCCGUCCAACUUACCCGUCUCUGUUGACGGGAAAGUUAGACGGGAAAAUUCAGACGAGAAACCCGUCUGCGACCGAAUUCACAUCAGACGAGUUUCCCGUCUUCGAUGAGUUUCCCGUCUCUAAUAUGAAUUCGGUUAAUGUCACUAAUGAUAAUAAAGUCAUUGUUCAGAACACGUGUGUUUUAAUGGGCUCUCUGCUGACUCUGCAUGCGUGUAUUGUGCCUCAUGUAAAAC